AUGGGUGGCCAGACAGCCGGCUUCCGGAAGUCCCAGCCAGCAAUGGCCAACACGACGGCAUACUGUAGCCGCGAGGAUCCGACGGCGUUUUACCAUCUCGUGAUCUCUAUCAACCGUCUGACGGCCAUCCACUUCCCCUUCCAAGACAACAUUGUCUUCAGCGACGAAACGUCCGGAUUACGAGGAUUCGCCUGCUUCAUCUAUUCCGACGACUUUUGGAACUUUACGUUCACCAAUCUACCGGCUUGCGCGUUCAUUACCUGGUUUUUCGGGCUG